AUGGCCGAAAAAGACAGGUUCGUGUCACCGGCUGGCUUCCGUCUGUACCGUUUGUCAUCAGCUCCCGGAUCGUACUCUCUGUUCUGCCGCUUGAGGUCGUGGCUACAGCGUGAAGCUGCCAUGGCCAAAGUGGCCAGGCAACAGCAACAGGACGGUUCGGUCAUUAAAAAGAUAGAAAAUGUACGAAUGUUAGACCGAUAUAAUUCCAAAAAAACGUCAGCUGGUACAUUAUAUUUAACAGCUACCCAUUUAAUAUUUUUCGAUACUGAAAAUAAUAAAGAAUCGUGGGUGCUGUUAAUGCAUAUAGGCAAUGUUGAAAAAUUACCUAUUACAACUACUGGUUGUCCAAUUUUAAUACGAUGCAAAACAUUCCUAUCAGUCACAUUUGUCAUACCAAAAGAAAGAGAUUCUCACAAUAUAUUCACGUCACUGCUUGUUCUCUGCCAACCUGCAAAAAUCGAAGAUGUUUACUGUUUUUUAUAUAAAUCAAACUCUGAUAAGAUAUCAAAAAGUGCUGGUUGGGAUAGUUUUAAUCUGGAAAAAGAAUACCAAAGAAUGAAUGUACCAAAUGAAUCUUGGAGUCUUACUACAUUAAAUCAAGACUAUCAGUUGUGUGAUACUUACCCAAAGUUCCUUUUUGUACCAUCGUCUGUGAGUACAUCUAUUUUGGUGGGCAGUUCAAAGUUUCGUAGCAAGGAACGGUUACCAGUACUUACAUACUUACACGGAAACAAGGCGUCAAUUUGCCGCUGUGCGCAACCAUUAUCUGGAUUUAAUGCCAGAUGUUUGGAAGAUGAGCAACUUCUCACAUGUAUACUAUACACAAAUCCAGGUAGCGAGUACAUGCAUGUUGUUGAUACCAGACCAAAGAUAAAUGCCAUGGCAAAUCGAGCAACAGGGAAAGGUUAUGAAAAUGAAAACUUUUAUGAUAGUAUUAAAUUUAAUUUCUUAGGUAUAGAAAAUAUUCAUGUAAUGCGAAAUAGCUUGUCCAAAGUUGUAGAUUUAUGUGAACAACGAAAUCUAUCUAUGUCGCAAUUUAUUGGAGGAUUAGAUAGUAGUGGUUGGUUACGGCAUAUCAAAACUAUUCUCGAUACAUCAGCUUUUAUAUGCCAAGCAGUUAAUAGUGGGAAGUCUGUUGUGGUCCAUUGUUCAGAUGGAUGGGAUCGAACAGCUCAAGUCUGUUCACUAGCUUCUCUAAUGUUAGACCCAUAUUAUCGCACACUCCAAGGAUUCCAGGCGCUUAUUGAAAAAGAUUGGUUAGCAUUUGGUCACAAAUUUAGUGAUCGGUGUGGCCAUAUAGCUGGUGACUCUAAAGAAGUCUCUCCAGUAUUUACACAAUUUAUAGAAGCAACAUGGCAACUCACAAUGAUUCAACCUACUUCAUUUGAAUUCAACGAACGAUUUUUAUUAAUUUUACAUGACCAUGUAACAUCCUGUCAGUAUGGGACUUUCAUUGGAAAUUGUGAAAAAGAACGCUUUGAUCUCAAACUCAAGGAUCGUACAUUUUCUUUUUGGGGUUAUGUUGAAGAACAUAAAAAAGAAUUUUUAAAUCCUCUUUAUAGUGCUCAAAUAGGAACUAUGAGCCCUGAUUUAUCACCACAAAAUAUAAGAUUUUGGCGAGGAAUGUAUUGUCGUUUUGAAAAUGGAGUCCAUCCACGGGAGCAUGUAUAUGACAUUUUACUAGCGACUAGUGAACAGACAAAAUCCAUUGAUGAUCAUGUAAAAUUCCUACAAAAAAGAUUAUCAUAUUUUAAACGUAAAAUAACUGAUGGUGCAGACAUGGUCAAAAACAGUCUGUUCUCAAAAGAAAUAUGUAUAGAGCCUAUGAGCUACAACAGAGAAGAAAAUAUUAUACAAUCUAUGAAUGAUGCAUUUGAUAAUUUAACUGUUAUGGAGCCAAAACUAGAUGAAGCCCAUAAGGUGGCUAUUGAAUGGAAGAGCUUACGUGAAGCAGUUUCUUGUGAAUGUUCUACUGAUUCUUCUACAAAAAAAUACCACUGUUGGAAAUGUGGAAAUGUGUUUUGCACUCGCUGUAUAGACAUGAAUGUUUCAUUACCUGGACACCUUAGUCAAGAUCCUGUGCCUGUAUGUCACGGAUGUCGUAAAAUUGUUUCAAGAUCAUCGACAGAAUCUUCUUAA